AUGCUGGAUUGUAGGAAUGCGCUUAGCCAGGAAAAGCUUGAAGCUUACAUCACUGGCCUCAUGCACUGCAUUCGCCGUGAGGCACCUGUUCGAGAGCAGUUUUCCGAUGCCGAAAUUGUUGAGAUUCUGCAUUAUGCGGCAGAUUUAUUCAUGGAAAAACCGAUUUUGCUAGAAUUUGAUUUACCGCCUGAUGGAUUAGUGGUAUUAGGUGAUUUACACGGUAAUAUUUAUUCAUUACUGAGAUCAUUCGAGCGACACGGGUUACCGCCCAAAACCAAUUAUUUACUACUUGGUGAUUAUGUGGAUCGCGGGCAGCAUCAGCUUGAGCUGAUUUUGUUAUUGAUAUUGAUGAAGCUUCGUUGGCCGAACAACAUGAUCAUGUUGCGGGGAAACCACGAAUGUAUCGGCUUCAUGAGCGACGAUUACUUCCACGUGGUCACACAUGGUGAAUUCUUCGUUAAAGUGUGCCAAAAUGAGCUUGCUUCGACGUUAAACAUGUAUUUUCUGUUCAAUCAGAUGUUCGAUGUGAUGCCCGUCGCAGCGGUCAUUUCAGGGCAUUUUUUGUGCUGCCACGGUGGCGUCUCUCAGUGGAUGACAUGCCUCGAAAAUAUUCGGAAUAUACCGCGUCCCACAUACGCAAGAAGGAUGAAAUUUCUGGAAGGUUGUCUGUUAGCAGAUAUCCUGUGGGCUGAUCCUGAACCUGAUACGGAAAGGGCGUUCGCAGUAUCGCAGCGUGGAUGCGGCUACACAUUCAAUCGCCAAGGUCUCGCAGCAGUUCUGGAAGCACUUCAUUUAACAACGCUGAUAAGGGGGCAUGAAAUGUAUGCCAAUGGCACAGCACUUAAUUUUGGCGAUGAAUCCUGCGUCACAGUUCACACUGCGCCUACCACUCUGUUCAACUGCAGUAAGCUAAUAUCAUGA